AUGAAGGCUCUCCUGUUACUGGUCCUACCUUGGCUAAGCCCUGCAAACUACAUAGACAAUGUGGGCAACCUGCACCUCCUGUACUCGGAGCUGUGCAAAGGGGCAUCCCACUACGGCCUUACCAAGGAGCGGAAGAGGCGUUCCCAGGACUGCUCCCCGGACCACGGCUCCAGCCUCACGGUCGCUGCCCUGGGCCCUGAGCUCUCAGCAGCUGCGGCCAUCGCUUUAAUGACGGACGAGCCAGGGCUGGUGAACCCAGCUUUCAGCCCCACCUCGGAGGACGGCCAGUCGGGCAGCAGCCCCAGAGACCUGUACCGCAGCAACCGGAGCAGGACCCGUCACUUUGAACGCUCCACUAUAAGAAGCAGAUCUUUUAAAAAAAUAAACAAGGCAUUCAGUGUUCUUCGAAGGACUAAAAGUGGAAGCGUGGUUUCCAACCAGGCUGACCGAGAAAGGGAGGCUGUUGGGAACUCUGCUGCUGGAGAGGAAGGUUUUCCCAGAUUGUAUCACCUGAUUCCAGAUGGUGAAAUUACCUGCAUUAAGAUCAACCGAACCGAUCCCAAUGAGAACCUGGCCAUUAGGAUUGUGGGAGGCAGUGAGACUCCUUUGGUUCACAUCAUUAUACAGCAUAUUUAUCGUGAUGGAGUAAUUGCCAGAGAUGGAAGAUUGCUGCCCGGAGACAUGAUACUAAAGGUGAAUGGCAUGGACAUCAAAAACGUGCCUCACAACUACGCCCUGUCGAUCCUGAAGCAGCCCUGCCACGUGCUGCGGCUCACCGUGCUCAGGGAGCAGAGGUACCGCUGCCGAAACAGCGGGCUCGCUCUCGAGGCCCCCUGCAACAGGGACGACAGCUUCCACGUCGUCCUGAACAAGAGCAGCCCGGAUGAGCAGCUGGGCAUAAAGCUGGUCCGCAAGGCCGACGAGCCCGGGGUGUUUAUCUUCAACCUGCUGGAGGGAGGCGUGGCGGCCCGUGACGGGCAGCUGCAGGAGAACGACCGCGUGCUGGCCAUCAACGGGCACGACCAUCGGUACGGCAGCCCGGAGAGCGCGGCCCACCUGAUACAGGCAAGUGAGAAGCAGGUUCACUUCGUGGUGUCGCGGCAGACCCGGCAGCAGCCCCCGGACAUCCUGCAGGAGACGGGCUGGAGUUACGGCAGCAGCCCCCAGCCCUGUCCUGCUGAGAGGAACAACCCCUGCAAGGUGAGGGCACAUCCCACCCUUCACGCUGUCACCUGCCAUGAGAAGGUGGUGGCUGUCCGGAAGCAUCACACAGAGUCGCUGGGAAUGACAGUAGCAGGCGGAGCAACCAACCGGGAAUGGGAUUUGCCUAUCUAUGUGAUAAGCGUUGAACCAGGAGGAGUUAUCAGCAGAGACAGCAGGAUAAAAACAGGUGACAUCCUCCUGAACGUGAACGGGAUCGACCUGACGGGGGUCAGCCGGACGGAUGCCGUUGCCCUGCUGAAAAACACCAGCUCCUCAGUGGUGCUCAAAGCCCUGGAGAUGAGGGCGUGUGAUGGCCAGGAGGAGAGCAGUCGCCGUCUGCCCCCCGAGGCCACCGAGAGCAGCGAGUGGUCGCCUUCCUGGGUGAUGUGGCUGGGGCUGCCCCGGUAUUUGUACAGCUGCGAAGAAAUCAUAUUACGAAGAAACACAUCCGGAAGUCUUGGCUUCAGCAUCGUAGGAGGCUAUGAAGAACACACUGGGAACAAACCAUUCUUUAUCAAAUCCAUUGUUGGGGGAACACCAGCAUACAAUGAUGGAAGAAUUAGAUGCGGUGAUAUCCUCCUUGCUGUCAAUGGCAGGAACACAUCAGGAAUGAUGCAUGCCUGCUUGGCGAGGAUGCUCAAAGAACUGAAAGGAAAAAUUACUCUCACAAUUGUUUCCUGGCCUGGCACUUUUUUAUAA